GGAGCGCGCACAGACUUCAGCCUUUUCCGGAUACAGCACGAGCGCGUCUGCGGUCAGACCUGGCGACUUUCCUUCGAGUCGAAAAGCGGAAAAGCGAAUUGCCUUGUGUGUGUGUCGUGUCUGGGUCAGGAGGUUCGCUCAGGGAGAUGUGUGGGUGAACAGAUGAUUUGAGAAUCUGGUCUGCUCUCUUGUCUCUUGAGCAGAAGCUCUGUUUCCAGGGUGAUGAGCGAUAUUCUGUGAAAAUCCAGAUUAGUAUGGGCUGUGCUUGCUGUAAGCAGAGGAAGACCUCCAAAGCAUCCACUGUGUCAUUUGAUGACACAUGUGGUGCAGUGGGUGUGGCUCAGGUGACGGACAGCUCACGUUACAUUGCAGACCCAACCCAGAACUCAGGGGCUGGCCUCAUCCCAAAUUUCAAUGAUUUCCCCAGCACAAUCUCUAGCUCUAGCGCUUUUCCACCAUCCAGCUUCCCCUCCAACCCUAGCCAACCAUGGUCUACUACCAUCACAGGAGGAGGGGUGACACUGUUUAUAGCAUUAUAUGAUUAUGAUGCCCGGACAGAGGAUGACCUGAGCUUUCAGAAGGGAGAAAAGUUCCACAUUAUCAAUAACACUGAAGGUGAUUGGUGGGAAGCACGCUCUCUGGACACAGGGAAGUCUGGAUACAUUCCUAGUAACUAUGUGGCCCCUGUGGAUUCCAUACAGGCUGAGGAGUGGUAUUUUGGGAAGAUGGGCCGUAAGGAUGCAGAACGGCAACUCUUGGGCCAGAACAACCCUAGAGGGACCUUCUUAAUAAGAGAAAGUGAGACUACUAAAGGCGCAUACUCUCUGUCUAUCAGAGACUGGGAUGAGGCAAAGGGCGACCAUGUAAAGCAUUAUAAAAUCAGGAAGCUUGAUAAUGGUGGAUAUUACAUCACAACCCGAAGCCAGUUUGAAACUGUUCAACAACUGGUGCAACAUUAUUCAGAUCGUGCAGCAGGGCUUUGCUGCCGUUUGAUGGGCAGCUGUAGGCGGGGUAUGCCUAAACUAGCUGACCUGUCAGUGAAGACUAAGGAUGUUUGGGAGAUACCAAGGGAGUCACUUCAGCUAAUUAAGAAACUGGGCAACGGGCAAUUUGGUGAAGUGUGGAUGGGGAUGUGGAAUGGCACUACUAAAGUGGCAGUGAAGACUCUGAAGCCAGGUACCAUGUCUCCAGAAGCCUUCCUAGAUGAAGCCCAGAUCAUGAAGAGACUCCGCCAUGAUAAACUGGUGCAGCUGUAUGCUGUGGUGUCAGAAGAACCAAUCUACAUUAUCACAGAGUUCAUGAGUCAAGGAAGCCUUUUAGACUUCCUCAAAGAUGGAGAUGGCAGAAAUCUGAAGCUGCCUCAACUUGUGGACAUGGCUGCACAGAUUGCAGCUGGGAUGGCGUACAUUGAGAGGAUGAACUACAUCCACAGAGACCUGAGAGCAGCCAACAUCCUGGUGGGAGAUAGCUUGGUGUGUAAGAUUGCUGACUUUGGGCUGGCCAGACUCAUCGAAGACAAUGAAUACACCGCCAGACAAGGAGCAAAAUUUCCGAUAAAGUGGACCGCCCCAGAGGCAGCGCUCUAUGGCAAAUUUACCAUCAAAUCAGAUGUGUGGUCAUUUGGCAUCCUACUGACUGAACUCAUUACAAAAGGCAGAGUGCCAUACCCAGGGAUGAAUAACAGGGAGGUCCUGGAGCAAGUGGAGCGCGGUUAUCGUAUGCCAUGUCCACAGGGCUGUCCAGCCUCUCUGCAUGACUUAAUGCUACAGUGUUGGAGGAAGGACGCAGACGAGCGCCACACCUUCGAGUACCUGCAGGGUUUCCUGGAGGACUAUUUCACCGCCACUGAACCACAGUACCAGCCAGGAGAAGACCUGUGAUGCAAGCUUGUGUAAAAUGAUUUGACUGCUCUUCCAGUGCAUUUAAUGGGUUUUAAAGGGAUUUCCAAGUGAGGCCCUCAUACUGAAUCUUCAAAUGAAUGUAUGUGGGAUGAUGUGCAAACCUUCUUCAUAGAAAGUCUUUAUUUUAAAGUGAACUAAUUGUAAAGCAAAGAAUUUCUCCUGAAGUAUUACAUCAAAAGCAAUGACACAUUUAAAAGCAUAUGAAUACUGUGUAAGCUGAAUUUGCACGGUGUUAUUGUAAUAAGGUGUUUUAUUAGCAAAGACAUCAGACAGGAUUUUUACAGGACUUUGCACAGUCAUGUUUUGGCCACAGUAAGUCUAUAGGCCAGAUCAAAUAAACUAUAGGGACAUAUCUUUAUAAUGUCUUUACCAUUUCUUUAGACUGUGAUUUUUUUUAUUUUUUAUUAUCAGAUAUUUUAUUGCUUUAUCUUUAACCUCCUUAUCUGAAGCUAUAUGAUUUUUAUAGCUUUAACAGCAGGGGUGAGCGUAGACCCUGAAGUAGUACUGCUGUACACUGCUGAAGCUUUGAGUGUGGUCUUGGGUCAGCACUGACAUGUCAUUAAGGUGUAGUGAUUAUUCAGUAGGUCAGGCACAACAGCUCUAAUACAGUAUCUGCUUUAGAAGGGAAUUGUAUCUAUCUUUCAUAAUAUUUUUAUUUCACAAUAUACCACUGAUUAAAAAUAAGUGCCUAUGAAAUUGGUGCCUUUAAAUACUGUCAGUGUUUUGUGCUUUGGAUUUCUCCAGUCUCUAAUGAUUGACAGAUUAUUAGUGUAUGUUGUGCAUUUUGUAUGCUGUUUCAUGCAGUUUCAUUCAACAUAUUUGUGUCUGAAGACUCCAUUUCUCUCUCUCUCACACACACACACAGGGAGAGAGAGAGGAGCGUUUAAUUAUAAUUGGUCAAGUAUUAUUGGCAUCUGUGGUAAGAUAUGGUCACAGGAUGGGAAAAGAUCUUUGCCAAUAAAUGUUUCUCGACAAAA